UUUAGAGGAGGCGUUUGCCAAAAGGCACAUUGAACUUAGAGAUUUAUCUAAAGAAGAAAACAAAUACCUCAUUUAUUUUAUUUAGUUAGCUUCUGCCCACGGCUUUGCCCGCGUGGUGUGUUGAUAAAAAGUAGCCUGUGUGUUAAUCCAGAGUAUCAACUAUGUACAUACAUAAAUCGGUCCAGCCAUUUUUGCGUGAAAGAAUAACAAACAUACAUCUUUUACAUUUUUAUCAUUAGUUUAUAUAUUACUAUUUUAUUUUCUAAUCAUCCCAAACCACAGAGUACAUUAUAUGUCCCAAACUAGUACUUUACUCUAUGGUCUAUUCAUACAGUCCAAAAAACGUUAAAAUAAAAAUUGUUGUAAGAAAGUUUUAGCCGAACCGAAUUAUUUUGAUGUAAACAAUGUCUAAUUCAGACGAUGUUAUUGAUUUGACGAAUUCUUUUGUUUUAGCUGAUCAUUGUGGUAUACCUAACGUUAUAAUUGACUUGGACUCAGAUGAUUCGUUCUGUGUAGACACUGACCGACGUGACGACAGAGCAUCUGUUGGUCAGUGGGUCGUCUUAGGGGCGGUUAAUACCCAGUGCUUUGCGAAAGGUGCUAAACCAUCAUUACGACUAACUGCAAUUGAAAACACAAAUAAAAAGAAAAAAGCAAAACAGAAAUCACCUACCUCCAUAAAGGCAAAAGAGAGAUCUUCAUUACCUGGAACAAGCAAAAAGUUUGGAGGCUGUCCCAUAUGUUGGGACGAAUUAGGUAAAAACCCUUUGGCAUCUACUAAAUGUGGACAUGUGUACUGUAUGAAAUGUAUAGAGGGAUAUCUUAAAAUUCAAAAGAAAUGUCCCACUUGUCGACAAAGUUUAAAGGGAUCUUCUGCAUACCAUGCUCUUUAUCUAUAAAAAGUUUUUUAUAGAAACUGACCACACACAUAGUCAAAAUGUACAACCUACCAAUGCUAUACUUGCAAAAAAUAUUCUUGCAUGUGAUGUGUUAACUUCAGUAAUAUAUUUUCAUAUUCCACGGAACAUUUGCCACAAGUUCCAUGAAAUGCAAUCAUUAGAAUUAGUAAGUUAUUUAUAAUAGUUUUAAUAAUAUUUUUAAUUUGUUACAAUGUUUUCUUAUAUUUAUUUGCAACAAUAUACAGUGGUGAACAACCAAUUAGAUACACUGUGGGCGAACUCUGAACCUCAAAACAAAUAAGGGUGUUUCUCAUUUCUUGUUCACUACAGCAUGCAUAGUUAGGAAAAGAUUAUUAUUCAUGAAUGUAUAUAGUAAGUUAUAUUUAAGACUGAUUAGUUUUUUUUAUUAAUUUGUACACUUUUGACUUUAUAACAGUACUAGCCUUGGGGUGAGUUGCACCAUUUAACUAUAACGAAAUGACUUUCGGUUGUCAAAUCGCCGAUUUGAACACACAUUUAAGGUCUCUGUACACAGCGGGCGCGGCGCGGCGGGACGGGACGGCGACGUGACACAAUGUACUAGAUCGUCGCGUCGCGUCGCGCCGAGCGGGACGGCUCUGUGUAAUGUCGUCCGUAAUAUCUAGUACAUUACAACUGUUCAGCGUCGCGUCGCCGUCCCGUCCCGUCGCGCCGCGCCCGCUGUGUGCAGAGACCAUUAGUAACUGACUAGCCAAUUUCAUGGCUUAUUAAUAUAAUUAAAUGCUAUACUAGUUACUUUCUGCUAGGACUGUAGCCUUCCCAAUUGUGUAUCAGUACCAUUUAAGAGUUUCCCCUUUCUUUACUUGCCUACAAAAUGCACAAUUUAUUAAUGGAUCAAUGGCAUCAUUCAUUACACAAAAUUAAUUUUAGAUGAUUUGUAAUAUUCUAUUGCCACAAGGGCCCGGAUAAAUAUGUAUUAGAAAAUAUAAAAUAUGGACGAAAAAAUCUAAAAUAUAGUAUAAAAUAACAACACUUUUCACUCAGAUCAAAGAUCUGAGACUUCAUAAUUAAACAUGUAUAGGUAGGUAGUAUUGUGAAAAAUUAUAACUAUGAAUAGUUUUAUUCAAUUACAUUAGCCUUAUGAAAUUGGUUGCAAUACACAAUGACAUACUUCUUUAAAUUAUCAAAACUAAAACUGACGAUUUGGCCUGAAUCUUUUCUGAAUAGUGUUAAACAUAUGUUCUAAAUGAUCUCGGCUGCAUUUAUAAACAUGCAUAAUUCGGUAAUUGAGUAAGUCAGUCUACAUUGCCCUAAAAACUUCUGCACAGAAUUUAGAUAUUUUUUAAGGUAUCAAAAUUAAAUUAAAAAAUUACGAGAGUAACGAAAUACGCACAGCCGUGUGAUGGCUGGACCGUAAAUCUAUAUAUUUUUGUGAAUAUAUGGAUUGUGACGUUUUCUUGCAAAAUAUGGACUUAACCUUGAAAAAUGGGAAAUAUGGAAAAUAAAACUUGGUUUUUCACAGUCUAAAUACGAUAACAUGUAGAAAACACAUUCAAGACCGAAAAUCGCGUAAAUUAAAAAUAUGUAAGUAUUUACAUAUUGAUCCGGGCCCUAUAUAGUCAAAAUCAUUGUAAAAAGUACCUAUUUUUGUUCAUGGAAAAUGUUGAUUAAUGGCCAAACUUAGGUUUUUAUGAAAUCUAGAUGAUUGAGGUCCAUUUUCCCUACACAUCAUCACAUACAAUAUACAUCUAUUUCUCUUAAAAACCUGUUUACCUUUAAAAGCGAUUGCGAAAAUUCAUAGUAGUUUUUU